CGUCUGCAAUGGGCAGCACAAAUAAUUGAUUGAGAGUGUCGCACUCUUGGACACACUCUCCCCUGCAUGCUGGACUGCGCCCAUAAUGUAAACUGUGCCUCUAUUGUGGCUUCUUCUCGCAUUUCAGAAGCCUUUCUUUGUGAGUGGUAAGGAGCCAGUGGUGUGAUUCUGAGUCUGCAUUGUACCAUGCACACCCAAAAAUUCGAACAAUCCCUUAUGAUGCUCUGCAAUCCGCACCAUUGAAGUGGACAUUCUCCUAAGCAUCUUCUGCAGGUAUCAAUGUGUCUGAUUGUGCCUGGCUGCUGUGUGUACGCUCCCCAUCGAGGCUGAGAUCGACACAAUGAACACAUCGUUGCAUUGCACGCUGGCACUUAUAGCCAUGUGUCUCAUCCAGGGAUCCAUCUGCCAGUGGUCCGUCUGGGUUGAUAAUUCCGUUUCUGCUUGGGAAGGCGAGACUGUAAUAUUGAACUGUUCCUUUCAAUACCCUGACCCAAUCCGAGACCCGUCCACUGUAACUGCCAGGUGGCUGAAGAAUUCACCCUUUCCCAAUAACAACCAGGCUGCUGAAAUAUACAACAACAUGAACCUGGAGGGAGUGUCACCCGACGUGCAACUGAUUGGCGAUCUGAAUGAGAGAAACUGUUCACUGCAAAUUGACAACAUCCACAAAGCAGACACUGGGACUUACUACUUCCGAUUUGAACUGGGUCAGGGCAACAACUGGUCAGGAGAAGGUGGAAUCAGUGUCAAUGUAUAUGUUCGCCCAGCAAAACCACAGAUAUCCGUCCCAGAGGAAGUUAUUGAAGGUGAUGAAAUGGUAACUUUGUCCUGUACAUCCACGAAUAUUGACCAAAGAGGAAAAGCUUCUCUGAGCUGGGAAGGUAUCUCUGACCUGACAGAUUGGGUCCCCAGGACUGAAGAAAAAUGGACUGGUUACUCCUGGUCACUCCACAGUAACUUUGCAUUCAUCCCAUCUUACCGGCAUCACAACCAGCUCAUCAAAUGCAUUGUCAACUAUACACCAUACCCAUACUCUGAUGAAAGCUUCAUAACACUACAAAUAAGAUAUCCUCCAAAAGACACUGCCCUUCUUGUGAAUGCAACACAGGAGGAAAUAAAAGAAGGUGACUGUGUUACACUUGUGUGUGUUGGGAACAGUUUUCCUGAAGCUAACUAUACCUGGUACAAAAAGGACCAUUCCUCAAACAAAACAGAGAUAUUGAAUAUCGAAAGCAGCAAUAUAUUAUUCCAAAAAAUUACAAGGAAGAAUUCUGGAUUCUACAACUGCAUGGCUACAAAUUACUUAGGAGGGAGUUUGUCUUCAGAAGUAGAAAUUAAUGUGCAAUACAAACCAGAUAAAGUCACAAUCAGCCAGGAACUUCUGUACAAGUGCAUUGCCGAGGCGAGUCCGCCUGCCGUCAUCACAUGGAAGAUCAGUGACGAUAGUAUAAAUCUCACUGAUCCCAGGGUCAGUAUAAAGUCAGAAUUCAAUGGCACUCAUACAGUUAGUACACUGAAACUGGAAACAACAGCAAGCUUUUGUGUUUCGUGCCUAGCUCAGAAUAAACAUGGAGUGUCGGUAACAGAGAGGUGUCCACCUGGUUCAUUUACAAAACUAUUGCUGCUGGUUGUUGGGAUCAUUGCCAGCGGUGCUGUUGUCAUCAUUAUAUUCGUAAUUGUGGCUUGGAAGCGCAAGAAGGAAGUGAUUGAAGGGCAGGAGUUGGAGAGUGAAUCACAGCCAGUGAUCUACACUGAAGUACAGACACCAAAAAAGACUCAGGGGACUCAGUCUGAGACCAGCGGCAGACGGGAAAAGGAAUUUGCCUAUGCCAACCUGCAGCAUGAAUCAGACGGCAAGCAAGCAAAAGGCCAGGGCGACAGAGUAGAGUUCUUGGGAGCUGUGUCUCAUCCAACAAAGCCAAUUCUCUCGGUCCCCCCAGAAUUAACUGAAGGGGUCAAGACGAAAUUGAUUUGUUCCUCAUCUGAAAUUGAUGAACAAGUCCAAUCCAAACUUGAGUGGUAUGGCCUCGGUGACUGGAUAUCAGAAAAUAGCAGGAGGAUCCCUGAAACUAGAACGCUUCAGAGCACAGUUACUGUCACCCUAUCACACAGGGAUCACAACAAAGUCAUCAAGUGCUCAGUCAUUUCCAGCAAAUAUUCAUUCAAGGAUGAAGUUCAAGUGACUCUGAAAGUUAAACAUGCACCCCAAAAUAUAACAAUUCAAGUGGAGAACAGAUCAGAGAUCAAAGAGGGUGACAAGGUCUCUUUGUCAUGUGCCAGUAACGGUAACCCUGAAGCCACCUACAGCUGGUACAAGAGAGACAAAGGUCAAGUUCAGGAUUUUACUUCCAAGAAUGGCAUUCUGCUCUUCCAAAGUAUUUCACAAAGUGAUUCCGGGUUCUAUAGCUGCACGGCAACAAACUAUCUUGGAAACCAAACCUCAGAGUCUGUAGAGAUAUCUGUUCAAUAUGCACCAAGAAAUGUAAAGGUUAAAAUGGAGAACAGAUCAGAGAUCAAAGAGGGUGACGAGGUCUCUUUGUCGUGUACCAGUAACAGUAACCCUGAAGCCACCUACAGCUGGUACAAGAGGGACAAAGGUCAAGUUCAGGAUUAUAAUUCCAAUGAUGGCAUUCUGCUCUUCCAAAGUAUUUCACAAAGUGAUUCUGGAUUUUACAGUUGCGUGGCAACAAACUACCUUGGAAACCAGAGCUCAGAGGCUGUGGAGAUAUCUGUACAAUAUGCACCCAAAAAUGUAACCAUUCAAGUGGAAGCGAGAUCGCAGCUGAAAAUCAAAGAGGGUGACAAGAUCUCUUUGUCGUGUGCCAGUAACAGUAACCCUGAAGCCACAUACAGCUGGUACAAGAGAGACAAUGGUCAAGUUCAGGAUUUUACACCCAAGGAUGGCAUUCUGCUCUUCCAAAGUAUUUCGCAAAGUGAUUCUGGGUUCUAUGGCUGCAUGGCAACAAACUAUUUGGGAAGUCAAAGCUCAGAGGCUGUAGAAAUAUCAGUUCAAUAUGCACCCAGAAACACAACCAUUUAUGUAGAAUACAGAACAGAAAUGGAUAUUAAAGAGGGUGACAACAUCUCUUUGCUUUGCUCCAGUCGCAGCUAUCCUGAAGCUACUUACACCUGGCACAGGAGAAACAAAGAUAAUAGCCAUAUAAUAAAUCUUAAUAGUACAAGAGGGACCCUGGUCUUUCACAGUAUUUCAAGAAGCAAUUCUGGAUUGUAUACCUGCACAGCCUCAAAUUAUUUGGGAAAGCAGACUUCAGAGGACUGGAAGAUUUCUGUUCAAUACAAACCUACUCAAGUAAACCUGACCCAAGAUGGGAUGAGUUUUCACUGUAUAACUGAAGCCAAUCCUCCAGCAAGAAUUUCCUGGAACAACACAGAGACUGCUGUGGAAGUGCAAAAUGGCUCUUGGACCAUCAGCAUUCUGACUCUGCAAACAAUGACAAGUGGUUGUGUUUCAUGCCAAGCUCAGAAUAAACUUGGCGUUAUACGCUCAGAGGAGCACUGUUUCAAGUCAACACUGGGUGCCAUCUUACCAACAGUCAUUGCAGGAUCCAUAGUCGCUACACUUCUCCUGUUUGCCAUUUGGCUCUGGAGACAAAAGAAAUAUUUGUUCAGAGGUAAAAAUCUGGAAUGUGAUUCUCAACCUGUCAUCCACAUGGAGAUGCAGGAUCUGACAGAGAUCACACAAACGAGUAAUUCUGUCAUUAGUGGUGUGUACGACAACUUGUUUAUGUCGAAAAGAGGGGAAAGGAAAUGGAAAUUUUCUAGGAAAAACUCUGGAAAUUCCUUGCACUAUGCUUCCCUACAAUUUGUCUAUAAGCAUAAGGGCCGAAAAGCAGCAAGACCCAACUCAGAACAAGCCGAACUUGGUGAUGCACAGGUGACUUCAUCUUCUGAUAGUACCGUGUAUGAAAAUAUGGCAAUGUUUAAGACCGGUAGAAAGAAGCCUGGAGUUGUUGGAGAAGAAAGCACCGUAUAUGCCUGCAUCAAAACUGACAAUCUACAAGACAAUUAGCAAUAAAAUAUGAACAUUAGAACACAAAGAAGAGAAACAAUGUUGGCCAUUCAGCUUGGUCUGACAUUCAAUAUGAUUGACUGAUCUUUAACCUCAGUUCCAUUUUGCUCCACUAACUCCAUAUCUUUUCAUUCCCUAAUGUCUAAUAAUUUGACCCAAACACUGAAAAAUCCCAAUAAAUAGUUUUGUCAUAGGGGGAAUACAUCUUCAGAAAUGAACCAGAACUAUUUUAGUCAUACUCCAUCUCAAGAUAUUCUAUAUGUGAUAUUUUGACCCUUUCUCUAUUCAAGAAUUCCUUUUGAUCCAGAAGUGACUCAAAUAAAGCUGUUUUUAUAGCCCUAAUCCUUUGGCCUUUGUCAGGCAUUAUUCUUGAACCUCUGACGUCAAUGGCAUUCCCAGGUUUGGUGCUUAAUUCCCAGGAUACAGGUGCAUGGUAGCAAAGGGACAAGUCAGUAUGGAAAUUAUAUGUGAGGGCUUUGGAGAAGAUAUUCUGACAGAACGGUUUGCCUUCUGUGGCUUAAUGAUUGUUUUGAUAUUGAGAAUCAUAAAUAAGAGCCAUGAAGGGAUUACAAUUCAUCUGAGCCUCAUGGACA